UCGCCGAGAAGUGUGCAAGAUAGCCCGAAGUGGUAAAUACGCUGUGGAUAAAUAAGGUGUCCACCCACUUUAGAAGAUCGCUGUUUUCACCUUAUCAGUGACAGCCCAACAACGAUGAACUGGAACAAGGGAGGCCCAAGCGGCAAGCGAGGGUUUGGAUUUGGAGGAUUCGCUCUUGCGACUGGGAAGAAAGAGGAGCCUCAUCUCCCACAGAAGGCCCACUCCUCUUUUGGGGGAACGGGACCUCCAGGUGGAUAUGGCAAGAAUCAGCAGCUAUCGUCGUUUUACAAAAUAGGAACAAAACGAGCCAAUUUCGACGAGGAAAACGCUUAUUUUGAGGAUGAUGAAGAGGAGUCUACUGCUGACCUGCCGUAUAUACCCGCUGAGAACUCUCCCACUAGAAAGCAGUUCCAGUCUGGAGGCGGAGGAGGAGGUGGCGGCUCGGACAGUGAGGAUGACCCUCUUGAUGCCUUUAUGGCUGAAGUGGAGGACCAAGCAGCAAAGGAUAUGAAGAAACUUGAGGAAAAAGAGAAAAAGAUGGCCAAGGGUAUUCGGGAUGACAUUGAAGAGGAAGAUGACCAAGAAGCAUAUUUUCGCUACAUGGCGGAGAACCCAACAGCUGGGCUGACCCAAGAGGAGGAGGAGGAAGAAGUGGACUAUGAUAGUGAUGGAAACCCUAUUGCUCCUACUACAAAAAAGAUUAUCAUGCCCCUGCCCCCCAUAGACCACUCAGAGAUCGACUAUUCUCCAUUUGAGAAAAACUUCUAUAAUGAGCAUGAGGAAAUCAGCAGUUUGACUGUGGUCGAAGUGGAGGAACUGAAACGGAAACUCAACUUAAAGGUUUCAGGUGCAGCCCCUCCUAAACCAGCAACCAGUUUUGCUCACUUUGGAUUUGACGAGCAGCUCAUGCAUCAGAUCCGUAAAUCUGAGUACACUCAGCCAACCCCCAUCCAGUGCCAGGGUGUUCCCAUAGCUUUGAGUGGCAGAGAUGCGAUCGGCAUUGCCAAAACUGGCAGUGGAAAGACAGCAGCCUUCAUUUGGCCAAUUCUGGUGCACAUUAUGGACCAGAAGGAGCUGGAGCAGGGAGAAGGGCCCAUUGCUGUGAUCGUCUGCCCCACUAGAGAGCUCUGUCAACAGAUUCAUGCUGAAUGCAAGCGCUUCGGGAAGGCAUACGGCCUCCGCUCAGUGGCAGUGUAUGGAGGUGGCAGCAUGUGGGAACAAGCCAAAGCCCUACAGGAAGGAGCGGAAAUUGUUGUCUGCACCCCAGGUCGUCUGAUCGAUCACGUAAAAAAGAAGGCUACGUCUCUGCAGCGAGUGACCUUUCUGGUGUUUGAUGAAGCCGAUCGCAUGUUUGAUAUGGGCUUUGAAUACCAAGUGAGAUCCAUUGCCAGCCAUGUUCGACCUGAUCGACAAACUCUGUUAUUCAGUGCAACUUUCCGGAAGAAAAUCGAAAAACUAGCACGAGAUAUUUUGGUCGACCCCAUUCGUGUGGUGCAGGGAGACAUAGGAGAGGCUAAUGAAGACAUCACUCAGUUAGUGGAAGUGCUGCAGUCUGGCCAGGAGAAAUGGGGUUGGCUGACCCGCAGACUGGUGGAGUUUACAUCCGCUGGCUCAGUGCUGGUGUUUGUUACUAAAAAGGCUAACUGUGAGGAGCUGGCAACAAAUUUAAUUCAGGAAGGAUAUAGCCUGGGUCUGCUUCAUGGAGACAUGGAUCAGAGUGAGAGGAACAAAGUCAUUGCAGACUUUAAAAAGAAGAAUCUGCCUGUAUUGGUAGCGACCGAUGUUGCUGCUCGUGGGUUGGAUAUUCCAUCUAUCCGUACUGUUGUCAACUAUGAUGUAGCCCGGGACAUUGACACACAUACACAUCGAAUUGGUAGAACAGGUCGUGCAGGAGAAAAAGGUGUAGCUUAUACAUUGCUCACCACUAAAGACACUAUAUUUGCUGGUGACCUGGUUCGUAAUUUAGAGGGAGCCAAUCAGAGUGUUACAAAAGAUCUGAUGGACCUGGCCAUGCAGAAUUCCUGGUUCAGGAAAUCUCGCUUUAAGGGAGGAAAAGGAAAGAAGAUUAAUAUUAGAGGUGGAGGCUUGGGUUACAGAGAGAGACCUGGCCUUGGAUCAGAAUCCUCUGAGCGCAGUGGUGGUUCUAUUGCAGCAGCUCUUGGCAACUAUGAAACCUUCAAACCCUCCACCGGAGCAAUGGGAGACCGUAUGUCUGCCUUAAAGCAAGCAUUUCAGGCUCAGUACAAAAACCACUUUGUCGCUGCAUCAGGUGUUCCUCCUAAACUCACCACAAAGUCCAGCAGCUCAUCUGGAUGGACCAGUGCAGGAAGUCUGAGUUCUUUGCCAACAGGAGCACCUGAGGGGCCUGACAGACCCCACCUGUCCUUCUCGCCAUCAUCCUCUUCCUCGUUUUCCAUGCCACCGCCUCCAGCUCUCACCUCAGGCAUUAAAAUGAGUGGCUUCAGCAGUGCAGGCACCCUGAGCUCAAUUUCAGACUCUUACUCGAGCUCUUCUUCAAAAGAGCCAUCCCGUAGCGAGAGGCAUUCUGAUGACAGGGGCCGACAUGGAGAUAGUCAUAGUCACCGUCAUAGUGACAGGUAUAGUAGUGGAGGAGAACGAGAAAGAGAGCGUGAUCGCGAUCGCCAUGGGGAAAGGGACCGCCAUAGUGACAGAGAUCGGCAUGGGGAUAGCCGAAAUGGUGAAGGGAGCCAUAGGGACAGAGAGGGACGGUCAGAAAGAGAUGGGGGUGAGAAGUCAGGAUCUCACAAAGACAGCUUUGCAGUUCCUGAUCCCCCCAAACGUAAGAAAAGCAGAUGGGACAAUUGAAGUGUACCAGAAAGAAGCAGUCAACUGUUCUUAGAUCAGAAGGGGCUUCACUGUACUUGUCUGCUUUUUUUUGCUUGUAUGUUAGAUGAAGCUGUAUAAAGCGUGACUAGGAGACUCAUCACUUUAUCAUCUUUGUAAUUUAAUAAACCCAUUGAAGAAAGGUGUUUUCAACCAUUUUAGAAUUGUGAAUUGGCAGAAUGAGUAACAAAAGGCAUCUUGAGGCCAAGCGUUGUGUUAAAUUUGAUGUUCCUGUUCAAUGGCAAACAGGUUUUGUUUUUUCUUUCUAAAAUGUUUUUGAAAAAACUGUUUUAAUGUGUUUUUUAUUCUGUUGUGCUGCUUCACAAGCUUAUUGUGAACUAUAUCAUUAUGUUUAGACUUCUGCAGUGUUUUAAUGUGUGCUGUCGUGUCUCAAACACCACCAUUUUCAAUGCCCAUGAAUGAGCUUGUCUUUUGUUCAUGUGUUAAUAUUUUGAAUUCAAAUCUCUUUUUUUUAGCAAACACUUCAGAUUCUUGUCUUUCUAUGCUCAUACAUCAACAUAUAAUAUGGUUCCAAAUUAUUUCACACACGCACACUUUGACCAAACUAACAUGAUUGGGAGUGGAGAGAAAACAAUAAUGAACCUACAAUAAAAACUAUGUGCUGUGAUAUGCUCUUGGAUUCUCUUGGUUCUGAGGUUAAAAGUUUUUUUUUUUGUAGAGACAGCUGUUAUGAAGCUUUGUUACAAACUAAAUCUGAUGACCAUUAUGUUUAUGGAUAUUCUAGUGUAUAGUUCUGUCUGUGGCCAUGCUUCUGAAUUAAUAAAAAAUGGUUUAGAG